ACUUGGCAGUAACUGCAGUGGUCUCGAAUAAUUUCCCGCUAAAACGUUGUACACGGUAUUCGAAGACUUGCAUUUGUCUUUCGAACGUCGCUAUAAAAAUAUAAUCCUUAUACGCGUGAAUGAGCAACAAGUUAGUUGUUCUUUCCGUAGCUUAUCAAGAUUUUAAGUGUUUCUUUUUAUCAGUGUUACGAUGGAAAACCUAGAAGUAUCUGUUUGGAAGCGAAUUACAUUCAUCGAUCCAGUGACGUUCUUUAUCAUGUUUGCGUUUACAUUGUCAGAUAGCGUGAUAAAUGAUGUCAUAGUACUCAAAAAAUGCCAAAGAAUCAUAGAGAACGACAGCGAGUGUUCUGUCUUACACGAAAACAGCAGCAGCGAGUCUGCCAAGUCUCUGCAAGAAAUCGUGCAGCCGCAGAUAGCUACGUUUCUGGUACUGAAAUCGUUGAUAGAAACGUUCUUUCCCAUGAUAAUCAUUCUCUUCACUGGACCUUGGAGCGACGCCAACGGACGGAAGCCUAUAUUGACGAUUCCUUUUGUAGGCUCGAUAAUUUACUACACGUUAUACGCCGUCCUGAGUUAUACGAAUCUCGACAUAUACUGGUUCCUCUUACCCUCUCUCAUUUCUUCCGUGAUGGGUGGUUUCCCGACGAUCUUGAUGAUUAGCUUCUGUUACAUUGCCGAUAUCACGGACAGCAACAAUCGAGCUGCGCGCCUGGGUGUUUUGGAUUUCGUUAUAUUCGGAGGACAGCUCGUCGGAUACCUAGUCAACCCGAUACUUUACAAAAGUUUCGGCUAUUGCGUCGUAUUCGCGACUUCGGCAUUCGUUUGCCUGCUAGGACUCGUCUACGAGUAUUUCUUCCUCAUGGAAACUAUUUACGUCAACAUAGGCCAGCGUUCCUUGAGAGACGUCUUUGACCCUACAGUGUUGCGGAAGUUGUUUGCGUUCGUGAGCAAAAGACGCGACGGAUUCGACAGAGUACUGUUCUGGUGCUGCCUGUGCAUCAUCGCGAUUCACGACGACAACAUGCAGGGCGCCGCAACGAUUCUCUACUUGUAUACGAAAAGGUUCGGCUGGAACCUGCAGGACUUUUCCACGUACGCGAUGACUCAAUUGAUCGUCACUAUGACGGGCAUGCUGCUGCUUAUCAAGUGGAUCAUGACGAUGUUCCAGUUGCCGGAAACAGUGGGAAUCGCAAUUGCCAGCAUUUCGAAUUGCAGUGGUGCACUCAUGAAAGCAUUCGCCAAGGAAUGGCAGCACCUCUACCUGUCCACGAUGAUCGGAGCUUUCUGCUUGGCUCCUGCGUCCUUAGUUCGUAGUAUAAUAUCGAAGACAGUUUCUGAAAGACAAAUUGGCAAAGCUUUUGCGGUGACAACGGCUAUGGAAAAGAUCGGACCUCUCGCAGCGACCCCACUGUUCGUCGUAUUGCAUACGAAAUACAUAAAGUCGUAUCCUUGUAUAGUUUGGUUUUUACCGGCAGCACUGAGUCUUCUAAUUGUGGUACUUGCAAUUGUCGUCGAACGACGAUGGAGAAGAUUGAGUACGUCAGAUAGACGUGCAAUGGAUGAAUAGUAUUUUAAUUUGUAGUUUAAUGAGUAAUUUUUAACUUUAUAAGUUUAACUGAAAGAAAAAUCCAUUUUAUCAGAUAAGUUAAUGUAUUAUUGAAAACUGCCAUUUAUUGCAACCAGUAUUUUAAUUUAAAAAUUAAAGCAAGAUGACACUGCACUUCAAUGUAUGUAUUUAUAAUGUUAUUUUAAUGUUAUAAUAAUGAUGAUGACG